GGGUUCCCCAGGCCCCAGUCGCUCGCGAGACUUCACUGACUCUAGGAGGAAAGGUUUACUGUGCCGCUGCCUCCCGCCAGGAGAGGCAAUGAGGUAAUAACGGUCCCAGUGGGCUCCAAUUUCUCGGUUCUUCCCACCUGCCCCAAAGCCGAAAGCUGCCACGAGACGAGCCCAGAGGGCUUGGCGUCAGGACUCUGGAUGGUUCGUACUCCCAGACCACCUACCUUGGCUGCCGGUCCGACUCCCAGCUAGCCGGCACCGCCCACCCCAACCUGGAAUGGCUGGGGGCGGAGCCUGAGUAGCGGCGCGGUUUCCCGGGUGACAGCCGCGCGGAAGGGGCGGGGCUAUAGCCCCGGUUCCCACUUCCCGGCUCCUGGGGGCCGUGACGGGGAACCGUGGCCCCCGAGAGUCAGCCAAAAGCGGGGCAGAAGGGACAGCGCCAGAGACCGGCGGCUCCGGACCGGGUAACGCAGCCGGGCCACCUGCUUUCCCGCAGGUACGAGCCCCGGGCCGCUCGUCGGGGGGCGGCGGCGCGGGCGGGCCAUGCUCCGGGACUCCCCGUCUCUGUGGGAGCUGGUAGAGGAGCACGUUCCGCUCCCGGAGCGGCCCGAAGUGAAGAGGAUUCUGGGCGAGACGACGGUGGACCUGAGCCUGGAGCUACGAGCAGAGCUCUCCUUGCAGGUGGUGAUGCUACAGUCACUGCUCCAAGAGGCUCGAUCCUCCCAAGCCUCUGGCUCCCGCCCCACCUCUGAUCCCUCCUCCCUUCUGGCACCACCGCCCCUCCUAAGAGACCUCAUGCGCCAAGAACUGAGGCAGCUGCUCCUAGGGCUCCGCCAGAAGGCCAUCUGCGAGGGCAGGGACCAGACCCAGGCUUGGGUCCAGUAUAGCCCCAGGGUCCUGCGCUUUGCCUUGGAGGAGCCUAGGUGUGAUUUGCCAGAACAGGAGGUAUUGCAGAUGAGAGCUGGUGAACUCAGCAGCAGUCAGAGGGACCUCAGCAUCAUCAAGGACCAACUGAAUGUGUCCAGCAUCGACCAGAUUGCUGGACACCUGCGGAGCCUCCUAGAGGAGGAGUGUCACACCUUGGAGAGGAUGAUCCCUGUCCUGCAGCGCUGCCUGGAAGAGGAGUACACAGGGGCACCCCAGCCCUCUGAGGCAAGCCUAGCGCCCACCCUGGCAGAGCUGAAGGAGCAGAAGGCAGCCAUGCGCCGGGAGCUGCAGGCACUUCCGAGGCCCUCCCAUGUCUCCUCCAGCCUCAGGCAGCAGCCCGUGGGAUCCUCCAGCCCAGGGCUCAGACCCCGGCCUUGCCCCCUCCGGACAGCUGGGGUUUGGACAGGGCCUGGCCAGUGCUGCCUGCCCGCCCCACCUCCUGAGUGCUGCCCUCGCCCCCGACACCUGGCUACCACCUACCGCUGGGGCCGGAAGCUUCAGGGCAGCCCUGGGGAAAGGCCAGUGUCUACUCCAGCAUCCAGCACAACACCCCAGGCCUCUACCUGAAGGGCUGAUCAUCAAGUAGGCCUUGGCGUCUGCUGGAACUCACCCCGUCCGCUGCUGCCCACCCCUCAGCUGCUGUGACCCAGCCUUCUUCAGAUCUAGUCUUGGAUGGGCCCGAGCCAGGAUGCAAGGCUCUCCCAUCUGUCUGGCCCUUCUUGCCCCUCCCCCUCGCUGAGCCCCUGGUGUCUGGUUCUGACCAUCAGAGCCUUUGGCCUUUCUUCUCCCGGUCCUCCACAAAGGCCUGGCAGGCAGAGGUCUCAUCCCGGCCCCGACUCUUGUUCCCCUGGGGGACUCAGACAAAGCACAGCAGCAGCUCAGAGACAGGAAUAGAAAUUUCAUUAAAAUCU